CCUGACUUAGAACAAGAGGUCUCUCAUAUCAUAUGCUUUUACCACCCUUAUUUUUGCUGCACUUUUUCCUCCUUCAGCAUGGGAUUUUUUAAGCUUUUAAGUCUUUACCUGGCCCUUCCUGUAUUUUUACACACUGUUGAGUGUACAACCACCAGGUAUUUCACAUAUGAGGAAGAUGCACCAGGGACGGAGAUAGGCAAUCUAUCUCAAGAUCUUAAAAUUGAUCCUGGCGACGACCCGGACACUUCUUUCCGCUUUAUGCAAGAAAGCAACUCUUCUGUGAUCCACAUGCGGGAGAUUGACGGACUGCUGAGCGUCGCAGAGAGGAUUGACCGUGAGGAUCUGUGUCCCAGGUCCCUGCGCUGCUACAUCACCUUCGACAUCGUGGCCUUCUCCAGGGAGAAGUUCCAGCUCAUCCACGUGGAGAUAGAAGUCAAAGACAUAAAUGACCACUCUCCUCAUUUCCCAAGCAACGAGACAAACAUGGACAUAGUGGAAAACGUUCCACUUGGCUCCAGAUUCCCCCUGCAAGUCGCUCUGGACCAGGACGUGGGUGAAAACUACAUCCAGACCUACAACAUCUCCCGCUGCAGCCACUUUGCCGUGGAAGUCCGCGAUGGGGAGAACGGGGUGAAGUUUGCAGAGCUGGUGCUGAUGAGGGAGCUGGACAGGGAGGUGGAGGACUCCUACGCCAUCGAAGUGACCGCAACCGACGGAGGAGAGCCCGCAAAGUCCGGAUGCAUGACAGUAAACAUCCAGGUGUUGGAUUUUAAUGACAACAGUCCGGUUUUCGAGCACAGCUCCCUGAAAGUUGAGCUGGAUGAAGACUCUCCCGUGGGGCACCGAGUCGUGAGAGUGCAUGCAUUUGACCCAGAUGACGGUAUUAACGGAGAAAUCACGUAUGCUUUUGACGACGGGGUGUCAAAGGAAGCGGUGCGGGUUUUCCACAUAGACCCGUACUCGGGGGACGUGACGCUGAAGGCGCUGGUCGACUUUGAGAAGAGGGCGCACUACGAGCUGAGGAUCAAAGCCUCGGAUUUAGGGGAGAACUCUGUGCCGUCCGUGUGCAAAGUUGUGAUAGAUGUUGUUGACGUGAAUGACAACCCCCCGGAAAUCAGCAUCAAACCCAUGACCUCCAGCAGUGAUGGAGUCGCGUACAUCACAGAGGCGGCGGCCGCGGAGAGUUUCGUGGCUCUCAUCAGCACCGCGGACAGAGACUCCGGCUCCAACGGGUACGUGCGCGUCAGCCUGCUCGGGCACGAGCACUUCACCCUGCAGCAGGCCUAUGGGGACACUUUCAUGAUUGUUACCACUAACACUUUAGAUAGAGAGAAAGCCCCAGAGUAUAACCUGACUGUAGUGGCAGAAGACCUGGGAAACCCACCUUUUAAAACUGUCAGGCAGUAUACUAUCAGUGUAACAGAUGAGAAUGACAACCCCCCCCUCUUCAGUAAGUCGCUCUAUGAAGUUUCAGUCCUGGAAAAUAACAUCCCAGGUUCAUAUGUUACCACUGUUGUUGCAAGGGAUCCCGAUGCAGGAAAAAAUGCCCAGGUUUCAUACAAACUCAUAGAUUCAGAGGUGCCCGGCGGAUCCCAAUUGUCCACCUAUGUUUCCAUAGAUUCCCUCUCGGGGUCUUUGUAUUCUUUAAGGUCUUUUGACUAUGAGACACUCCAGCAGAUUGAGCUGGUCAUCCAAGCAGAGGACAAAGGCUCCCCCUCUCUUUCAAGCACAACAGCGAUCAGAAUAAGAGUUGUGGAUCAGAAUGACAAUUAUCCAUACUUCACCUUCCCCGUCCUCCUGAAUGACUCCGCUGACAUUCCUCUGCCCUACAAUGCACCCUCCGGCUAUCUGGCCCUGCGUGUUUCAGCUGAGGAUGAGGACGAGGGCGUGAACGGCGAACUUUCCUACCACAUUGUGCAAGGUGACCCAAAGCUGUUUACAAUGAACAAAGACACCGGAGAGAUUGCUUUGAAACAAUGGCUGACAGCUGAAAUUGGGGACGUGCUGGAAAUGAAAAUCGCAGUGAGUGACAACGGCAGGUCUCCGCUGUCUAGCGGUGCCACUAUCAGGUUUGUCGUCUCAGACACAGAGCCCUCUGAAGACCAAGUCGUCAUUGUGCUGCGGUCAAGUGAUGAGGAAGGAUCCAGCUUUGAUGGCUCACUAAUUAUUAUUAUUAUGCUCAGUGGGGGUUGUGCACUGCUGCUAAUUGCAAUUGUAGCUGUCGCUGUCACAUGCAGACUAAGCUGUGGGGGGAGAGGGCGUGGUAGCAAGAGAGAAGUGUGCCAGAGCCUGUUUGAUGGCAGGCCCCUGCCCAUGCUCAGUUUAGCAGAGCCAAACAUUUACACAGGCCAGCGUGGAUUCUUCCAUGAGAGGACGUCUUUGUCUCUGGAUGACUCCUGCUUAUAUGAGGAGAGGAGCGGGGACUCAGACACAAAGAUCUUCCUGCCCUCCAAGCAUUUCCAGCCAACGUCUGUGUGGCAAGGUGACAGAUACUGCUUGCAAGUGAGUGGCCUCGGCAACAAUGACCAGCUGAGCGUGAAGGACAGUGGUAAAGGGGACAGCGACUUCAAUGACAGCGAUUCCGAUAUCAGCGGCGACGGAGGAAAGAAGAACUUCAGUACCUUUCAGCCACGAUUCAAAAGUGCUGCUACGAGCUUAUCUGGGGAUUGCCAAGGCACCUAUAGUGUGAUACCAUCGCAGAGUUUCCGAGCCCCCAGAGAGCACGGUUAUACAAUAGGCUUCUCCCCGGUGCCCGUCUUCAACAACCCUCAUAGCAACAGGAGGAACUGCGGUUAUGGCACAAAUCAGCCCAAAUCGCGAAGCAGCAUGCAGACCUUCAAUAAGUCUGGGACUCUUCCUUCCUACUUCACUCAGCAGCAGCAUGAGCCUGAUGUCGGAGGAGCAACGGAGCUCAAGCACAGUCCAAAUAUUGUAACUGUGGCUACAGAAUUAGAAGUUGCAACCAUGUUUUAAUGAACUGUGUAGAUAAAGUGAUUGAGAUGUACAUUGAUGAUGUAAAUAACUUCUCUUGAGAGCAUUAACCGACAUGUGUACAUAUUUACUUAUAGACAGAUUAUCACAAUUUUUCAUUCAUGUUAUUUGUAUUUCAGUAUAUUAU